AUGGCCACGCCGCUAGACGGAUUGGGAUUGCCCGCUCCAGCUGAUGACGACACGUCGUCGCCGCCUCCUUCCAACUCGUCGCCCAAGCCCUCCUCCGGCUCGGGCUCGGGCUCGGGCUCGCCGUCGCCGUCGCCACCCACACCGUCGCUGUCGCCGCCACCGGCGUCGCCGCAGAAUAGCAGCGCGUUGCCACCCCCGGCGCCUGCGGCCAGAGGCUCGCCGCCGGCAGCGCCGUCAAGGGACUCCCCGUCACAACCGGCUCCGAAGCGCAGCGGUGGUGACUCCGACAAGAGUAGUAGCCGCAGCAAGAGCGGGAGCAGCAGCAGCAACGGGUCAGCGCAGGUGGGUGUCAUCCUGGCCGGCGUGGUGAUCGGGGUCCUGGCCUUCGGCCUGCUGAUGUGCAUCGCCGCGUGCGUGUGCUGCGCCAAGAAGAAGAGGAGGAAGAAGCCCCCGCACAUGAACAUGCCGUACUACACCGACGAGCACGGGAAGGGCGUGCCGGUGAUGGAGUGGCCGAGGAGGCUCGCCGUCGCCCUCGGCUCCGCCAAGGGCCUGGCUUACCUGCACGAAGAUUGCCACCCCAGGAUCAUCCACCGUGAUAUCAAGGCGGCCAACAUCCUUUUGGACGAAAAUUUCGAGGCCAAGCUGCCUCCAUCCGCGCAUGCAUGCAAGGGUUCGCACGCUGGAUUCUCACACGUUCGCGGCGGUGGUGCGCAGGCGAGGCCUCUCUUGGCGCGCGCCUUGUCUGAGGAAGGCAACUUCGACGAGCUGCUGGACCCGCGGCUGGAGAACAGGAUCAACCGGCUGGAGCUGGAGCGGAUGUGUGCCUCCGCUGCCGCUGCCGUCCGCCACUCAGCCAAGCGGCGGCCCAAGAUGAAACAGAUUGUUCGUGCUCUGGAAGGGGACGCGUCGCUGGACGACCUGAACGAGGGGGUGAAGCCAGGGCAGAGCAUGAUGUUCAGCUCUGGCUCGGAAUACGACUCCGGCGGCAACUACGCGUCCAACAUCAACAGGUUCAGGAAGGUGGCCUUCGAGAGCAGCGAGUACAGCAACGAGUACAGCGGGACAAGCGAGUACGGCGCUGACUCCGAGGAUGCGGCGUCCCGGCGGCAGCAACAUCGCUGA